AUUUCUAAAUGGCCGGCAACGGAGAAAGGACCAAGGGGACCUCCAUGCUUCCACGAUGAUGGCAAAGAGAACCAACCUUGGACGACUCGUAUUAAUACUCAGAAGGUGAGCCCAUCCACAAAGUUAGAACUUGCUUAGGUGAAACUGCGGCAACAUCAGCCCCCUCUAUUUUGCUAUCAAAAGAAAGACAAAAAUAGUCAAAAGUUUGCAAAGAAAAGGGGGGGGGGGUUGAGAAAACCCUAAAUAAAGGGAAGGGGGAUUGGUGGAGUUGGAAGAAGCAGCAGCGAUGUUAGGGGGUGGGCAGUGGGGGCAAGAGGAGACUCGGGAGCUGAUCUUCAUAAGGGGUGAGCUUGAAAGAGACUUCACCGCCACCAAGCACAACAAGACCUUCUGGGAGGUCGUCAGCUCCAAGAUGAAGGAUAGAGGCUUCACCCGAACCCCUGAUCAGUGCAACUCCAAGUGGAAAAAUCUUCUCAAUCGUUACAAGGGGAAGGAGACAGCUGGCCCUGAGAAUGAUUCCAAAUUCCCAUUCUUUGAGGAACUCCGUGCAUUAUUCACCGAAAGAGCCAAGAACAUGAAGCGCCGCCUGCUUGAGACCGAGGCAGGUUCGGAUUCCAUGCAGGCAAAGAAAAGGAUGAAAAGAACAACCACCGAUAGAUCCUCAGACGAAUUCUCCGAACAAGGCGAGGAUGAAGAUGAGAGUGAAGAAGAAAAGCCCACCAGAGGCAUUUCACGCAAGAGGAGAAAAGCCGACACAAACACAAUGGUACCGGAUAAAUCCCCUAGACCAACAAGCUCGGGUGUCCAUGAAGUGGUUAGGGAGUUCUUCAAUCAGCAGCUGAGGCUGGAGAUGCAGUGGGGGGAGAUGAUGGAGAGGCGUGCCCGUGAGAGGCAGUUGUUCGAGCAAGAAUGGCAGCAAUCGAUGGAGAAGCUCGAGAGGGAGAGGUUGAUGGUGGAGAAGGCUUGGAGGGAGAGGGAGGAGGAGAAGAGGAGAAGGGAAGAGAGCCGAGCCGAGAGAAGGGAUUCCUUGUUAACCACUCUCUUGAAUGAACUCAUAAACGAUAGUAAACUCUGACCUGGAAUAUAUAUAGUUUAUGUGUCGUAAAGAUUUAGUACUCACAAGUUUGAUGAUGCAUACAUGUUUUGUGUUGCUAAUUGCUAUUUGUAUGGGUAUUACAAAGAAAUGUAUUGUCUUGUUUUGUUGAA